AUGGAAUCACUUUUGUUUCUGAGGGUGGUACUCUUGCUUGGUUGUCUAACGAAAACAUGUUCGGCUUUAAACGUCUUAGGAAUAGGAAAAACAACAUAUUCAGGCUUGUUGUUUCACAAUGCUUACACAAAUAAUUUAUCUUCUGAACGUGUAACCGCUCAUCGCAUCCGUUGCCGUACAUCAAUAUCUAAACCUAAUUAUCGAUGUGAAAGAAUAGGUUUUAUAUACGAUACUGCAACUCCUGCAUGGCGCUGUAGGAAUGUGCGACAUUAUCGCCUUUCUGUUUCAGAUAGGGCAAAAAACGUGGAUGAAAUCUUCGACACGCUUUGUGAAUCUCUCAAAUCGAAAAGUACAUCCUUUGUCGACUUGAAGAAUAGAUUAAACACUGCAGGGGUUAGCCUCGAAGGAUGUAAUACGCCGGAAGAUGUUGUUAGGAGGGUGGCGCAACUCGAGGUUUAUGGCAAAGAGUAUGUGGAUGAUGAGAUGCUAAAGUCUAGUCCAACGUUCCAAGCGCUGUUGAAUGAGAUUUUAACCGAAACUAUGGCCACUUAUAAGAGCAAGAGAGGUAGAGAGAAAACACAAUUCAUUCAGCAGUUGAAGGGUCUGCUCACGUCGAAGAAUGUAUGCAUUGCUAAUAACAUCACUGAUGAAGACAUUAUACGUCUCGCGUCUGAGCAGGAAUCUCGCGAGCGAAUGUCGGCCCAGCUGCCUCACACGAAGCCCUGCAAUGAAAUGAGCCAGCGUAUAGAUUCGUAUAGAGACGAGGCGGAUUCUAUAUUUGCAGUUUAUAGGAAUAUCAAAGAUGACAAGUUACGCAAAUCUUUUCUAUCGCAGGUCAAGGAUGAAUUAAAUGCAUUGUCUGUAGACCAUAAGGAUUGCGAAACGCCCGAAGAAAUGAUAAAUCGUCUUGCUUACGGUAGGGUGUUUCCACAGGAAAAGGACUAUGAAGCUGAGUCACAUAAAAGGACGGCGGAACACGCAUUGCUUCCAUGGCCCAAUGCAACUGUAGAUGACAUAUACCAAUUUAGCGCAAUUCUAGGCGACGGUCAUGGCAUUUUUGGUGUCAACGGUGGCAUUAUAGACAACUUCGCAGGCAUGUCUGACAUGCUGGAAGAAGAUGGAUUAUUCGCAGGUAGUUUUUCGCUGCUCAAGGACCUUGCAAAGAUGUUCGGUGUAAACAUCGGCAGCAGUGAAAAGAAGAGGAUUGUCUUCGAAAAUCAGGAUACCGCCCCAAAUAGUCCGUUAGCAGAAUCAUCAGACGACCCCUCAUUGGAUGAAUCAGAAUUUAACGCAGACGAACUACAGCCCGUGUUUGCAAAAGUCAAGCAGACAACUGAUAAAAAUCUUCUAGAAAUGUUCAAAAAGAGCGUUAAGGAGGCCACUCUGCGAAAAGCGUUACAGCUGGCACACAGCAGUGGAUAUGAUACUGCUAGAGAAGCUUAUGCAACCAACAAAAUGGCUUUGUAUAUCCUAGAUAAGUUCAAGGAACGCGGCAUUUUUGAGUGA